AUGAGAGGUAACAAAGGCAUUUAUUUUUUUAAUGGUCAGUACCUAGAAUCGAACUUACGACCUUAUAUUUGCGAAUCUGGCAAACCAUCGAAAAUUAUUAUACUAUGGAAAACUAGUGGCACAACAUUAAAAACAAAAACAACCAUCAUAAACACCUACUCACUAUCACCAAUAACAUAUUUAUCAUACCUUGAAGAAUUUACAAAAGAUGAAGAAAUUCAAAUUAAUAAAUUAAUCUCAUGGUUUAUGAAUUCUCCCGCAAAUUCUGAAUCACCAACUCUCAAUAUCAAUUCCAUUGAAAAUAACACAUCAACCAUCCAUUCACGUGCAAAAAUACCUUUGAUGUGUUAUGAUAGAUCAUUAAAACCAUUAAAAGAAGGUGGUUGGGGUAUGUGGAAUAUACAAUUACGACAAGUUGCUCAAAAGAUUUGGAUAUACAACAGAUUUAUGCAUUUUUGGAUGGAUCAAAUCAUCAACAAAUCAAUCUCUUCUCCAUACCUUAUAAAAAUCAAAAAAGAAUGGGAAAACUAUGCAACUCAAAUUGGACAUCUAAAAGAUAAAGUUCAAAUCCUACAACCAAUAUUAAUAAAAAAUCAAACCUCUCAAACAUUAACCACAAAUAAUAUUCCACUACCACCAACACUCAAAGAAAUCUACUCGACAAUACUCAACAAUCACCAAUGUAAAUCAAAAGACUAUAUUGGCAAGAAAUAUUCAGAUCUACUUCUUACUUCGCACCAACAAUCAAUACAACUAUUAUGGAAAUACACAUACGACCAACUUUUUGUCAAAAUUCAAAAAUUAAAAGAUCCAAAAGGCCGUGAUACAAUGCAAAGAUUCCAUGCUAGAUGUCUUCCGAUUAAUCAUCUACACAACAAAGUUUGCCCCAUUUGCAACAAUGAAAUGAAUAAUGAUCCCUAUGGUCAUUUGUUUUUCAAUUGUCAGCACACAAUCAACUUCAUAAACCACGACAAAUUAAAAUAUUUUAUAUAUAAAAAUUGCAAUGGAAACAAAAACUGGUCACUAACAAAAAACCAAACAACAAAAUUAUACACACACAUUUAUAAACCACAAACAAACAACAAAGUAUUUAAACCAGAUCCAACUAUCAAUAUUAAUUUUCAUUUUGCAGAAAACGCACAAUAUAAAAAAUACAGGUCCAACUGGAAUUAUAUAAACACAAAUCUUGAUCUAGUCAGAACACAUGCAUAUUGGAACAUAAUCUCAUUAGUUAUUCACCAAAUAUGGAUCUGGUUAUGCAAAUCAUUAUUUGACAUCAAUAUAACUCAAUCAAUUGACAAUUGGAACAACCAAAUAAACAACACAACACUAGAUUAUGAUAUAUUAAAAUCAAAAUGGCACAAGCUAAUAAGAUUGGAAUAUUCAAGAACAUUAUCAAACUUUAACCAAUACUCAAUUAAAAACAACCUCACAAAAACUCAAAAAGAAACCCAAUGGUCCGAAACCAUCAAAAAAUUUAAAAAAGAAUGGAGCAUAAACACAAAUGAACCAAUUCCAACAAUUACACCACCAAUUAAUUAUUAA